GCAUGGGCUACACCCGCAACAGUAGCCCGUAUUAGGGAUUGUGUGAAUGGACAAAAAUUCCCACAGACGACAGACUCUUCAAAAGCUUGUCGAAUAUGUCUCAAUACUUUUGCCCAUAUAAUGUAAUGUUUUGGCGGCACGGCGGUCGAGUGGGUAGCGCACAGACCUCACAGCUAGCUAAAAUAUUGAGACAUUACAUUACAUUACAUUGCCUUAACUCUGCAUGAAGUCAGCCAUGGCGUGUCUGAAAUGGUAGAGUGGGGGAAAAAAAAGUUCUCCUCAAUUCUGUGUGGAAGUGGUACAUUUUUGGUUUAGAAGAAAUAAAUUUGGCUGCAUGGCGGUAGAGUGGUUAGCGCGCAGAACUCACAGCUAGGAGACCAGGGUUCAAUUCCACCCUCAGCCAUCUCUGUGUGGAGUUUGCAUAUUCUCCACCGUGCAUGUGUGGGUUUUCUCCGGGUACUCCGGUUUCCUCCCACAUUCCAAAAACAUGCUAGGUUAAUUAGCAUUACUCCAAAUUUUCCAUAAGUAUGAAUGUGAGUGUGAAUGGUUGUUUGUCUAUAUGUGCCCUGUGAUUGGCUGGCGACCAGUCCAGGGUGUACCCCGCCUCUUGCCCAAAGACAGCUGGGAUAGGCUCCAGCAAACCCCUGUCACCCUCGUGAGGAAAAAGCAGUAGAAAAUGAAUGAAUGUAAUGUUUUGCAACUAACGUCUCAAAAAGGCAUCGGUUUCUUUGAGCAGCACCCAAUAAUUCUUAGCAGUCAUAUCGACAUGAUAAAACAAUCAAUAAAAGUACAGACAUAGAGUAUUCUGCUGGAUUGCUGCAAAAAAUGACAUACAAAAGGCAACUCAGGGUGCCGAAAGAUGUUUAAACCUUCUCAUGAGGUUAGUUUAAGUCCAACAAUACAACGGUUUUACGUUGAUGGUCAGCUGACUACAGGUAUUGGCUGAGGAGGCACGUUGUCCGGCCCGUAGUGGGCUUUGACAGCGGACGGUAUGUUGAUAUUGGGGUCUCCAUUGUUGGCGGUGUCCACGUGGUUGUUUUUACUGAGGGUCUUAAUGAUGUUCAGGUUGGUCCGAGCCGUCUCUAUGAAGCUGUUUUCCAGCAGCCAGCCGUCAGACUCAGAGUUGGGGUCUCCUUGUCUCAGCACGUUCUCCAGAGAUGUCUGGAGGUAACGAACCCCCGUCAACACCGACAACUGAAACAAGGACAAGAGGGUACAGUAUGUCACUGGUAGGUGACUGCCAUUUUUCUCUUGUUCAAGCUCACAGCAGAGGUUGGAGCCAAUCCCCGGAGACGACACCCAGGACUGAUCAUCUACUGCUUUUGCACUACACAGCACCAAGUUGACAGUGGAAAUUUGGCAGCAGCUGAUAAGAUUGAGACCGAGGCAGCGGCGGAUGGCGACACAGCAUCUUUGGCAGCUUAAUAGAGGAUGAAAACUACAUCCGCAGCAGCAGCAGGAACAGCAGAAGAAGAAGAAGAAGAUGCUUCCUCAAGACAAUGCAAGGAAAAGCUCUCCUUUAACUCCACUUUGAGAUACGGUACUUUAGCUUUUUCUUCUACCUGGAUGCUGUGGAGCUCUUAUGGUCCUUGCCUUUCUCUCCGCUAUCCUCCCGCCGUCAGUCACAUCAUAUUCCCGACGUGGGUGAAGUCAUCUCUGACCGUGUUAUGAUCGUCGGAGCCACACUUGACCCCUCGGAGGACUUCCCAGGCAAAACAAAGGGAUUAACGCUCAACUUUCACCGUACCCUUGCUGCUGACCACCAGUCUAGGGUGUACCCCGCCCCUCUCGCCCGAAGACAGCUGGGAUAGGCUCCAGCACGCCCCGCGACCUCCGUGAGGAUGUGUGUGUCUACCAACCUGAUGGUUCGAUCCCCAGUCAAGCAAAUGCGUUGUCCAAUGGUGGGACUCCACUGAGACCAGGACCAUGGAUGCGGAGUGCGCACUAAAUGCCACAGCAAACACCAGCACCAAGGACAUCCAACUGGUCACUCAUAGUCUCUGGGAGGUGAUCACCAUAGCAACCGUGUCGGCCAUCGUCAGCCUGAUCACCAUCGUGGGCAAUGUCCUGGUGAUGCUCUCGUUCAAAGUCAACAGCCAACUGAAAACGGUCAACAAUUACUACUUGCUCAGUCUGGCGGCCGCGGACCUCAUCAUCGGCGUCUUCUCCAUGAAUUUGUACACCUCCUACAUUCUCAUGGGUUACUGGGCUUUAGGGAAUCUAUCCUGCGACUUGUGGUUGGCCGUAGACUACGUGGCCAGUAACGCCUCCGUCAUGAACCUGCUCGUGAUCAGUUUUGACAGAUACUUCUCCAUCACCAGGCCUCUGACCUACAGAGCCAAACGGACUCCUAAACGCGCCGGCGUCAUGAUAGGUUUGGCUUGGAUGGUGUCCCUGGUUUUGUGGGCACCGCCGAUUCUAUGCUGGCAGUACUUUGUCGGGAAGAGAACCGUCCCGGAGAGACAAUGCCAGAUUCAGUUCUUCUCAGAACCCAUAAUAACCUUCGGAACCGCGAUAGCAGCGUUUUAUAUCCCCGUGUCAGUCAUGACCAUCCUCUACUGUCGGAUCUACAAAGAAACCGAAAAAAGGACCAAAGAUUUAGCCGAACUUCAGGGAGCCAAUCAGACCGCAGAGCCUGACGCUAACCAACCUCGAAUGAUCCGCUCAUGUUUCAGUUCUGCAUCGCGUGACCGCAAUCAAGCGUCGUGGUCUUCCUCCAGCAGGAGCAACGCUGCCAAGUCCACAGCGUCCAUCAACGAGGAAUGGUCCAAAGCCGCUCAGGUUAGCAACUACAACAGCUACGCUUCCUCAGAAGACGAAGAUAAGUCCGUGUCUCCCGGGACCGUGCGUCCUCCGUGCAAGGGCGGUAAAAUUGCAGCGGCGAGCGAGCAUCUCAGCAGCUACGACGAAGACAUCUUCUUCCAAACGCCGUCCACGACCAGCAGAUGCACGUCCUACAAGUUCAAACCCGCCGCCAAAGAUAUUCUGGUUCCACAUCACAGCAAAAACGGCGACACCAAAACCGCAUUCUCUUCAGCCGAGUCCAUGAACGCACCGCCGUCCAUGUCCAAACCAAUGGAUUCUACACUGAAGAACCACAUCACCAAAAGGAAACGAAUGGUACUGAUCAAAGAGAAGAAAGCGGCUCAGACUCUCAGCGCCAUUUUGCUGGCCUUCAUCCUCACGUGGACGCCUUAUAACAUCAUGGUGCUCAUUUCCACCUUCUGCUCCGAUUGCAUCCCGCUCUCGCUCUGGCAUCUCGGAUACUGGCUGUGCUACGUCAACAGCACCGUCAACCCCAUGUGCUACGCACUCUGCAACAAGACUUUCCAAAAAACCUUCCGUAUGCUUUUACUCUGCCGGUGGAAGAAGAAAAGAGUUGAGGAGAAACUUUAUUGGUACGGACAAAAUCCAAUGGUCGCCACCAAAAUGACUUGAACGAUAUCAGCAAUAUAAGUGUAAAUAUUUUUUUUUUUUGCAUUUAAAUGUAAAACAUGUUAAAUUUAUUCCCGCAUGCAGAAAAAGAACAAUAUUCCACCCAAUUCCUGGUGCAUCAUUUGUUAAAAAAUCGGAAUGAUUUCAGGUGUGAUUACUCGCAUUAAACAAACUCUACUGUGUUUUAGAUUUUAAUGAUCCCAUAUUGUGUGUUUACUUUUUUUUAAUGACGUGAUAACAGGAAUUUAA